GAUAGUGAACUUGAGGCUCUUUAUGCUUCUUUGGAUGUUGAUACAGAAGAUCCCUCUAUUCGAUUUAAUGCUUUAUACGUCACUGGUACAGUUGAGCAAAUGACUACAUUUGAUAUUUCGAGAAUUUUUGCUUCAUUCAAACCAGAAACUGUUCGACCAUUUCAAACAAAACCAUUGACUGCAUUUAUAGUAACUUUUGCAAAUGCUAUUGAAGCAGCUCAAUUAUUGCUUGAUAUGACAAAACCUUUGAGACGUGUACGUGCACUUAAAAAGCCAGAAGAAGGUGAAUUAAUUAAUAGUUCUGAUGAAGAAGAGGAAGAAGGGCAAGUAAAGGAAGAGGGUGGAGAUGAUGUUGCUAUUGUUAAAGAAGGCAAUGCUCCAAAGAAUGGUUCGGCUCGUUCGCGUCAAAUAAAUUCAGAAGCAGUAGAGGUUAAUGUGGAUACUGUAAAAGUUCCUCAAGGUAAAUGGAGGGUUGUUGUUCAACAUGUGCCUGCGGACAAGCUUAUCUAUGUGCGCUUAGCAAAUGGUGUUGAGCUUAGACAUGCUAUAUAUACGGCUAAAAAUUGGGAAAAUGACGGUAUUAUCUUCCCCUUUAAGGGAAAAUUAUUUUUUAAAACUAAAGGCGAAUACAACUACAAAAACACAAAAAUACGUCCAGGAUUGGAUGUAUUCGAUGAAAAAGGGAAGGAAUUGGAUUGGGAUUAUGAACAUGAUACUCGAUUUUUUGAAGAAGAAAAAUCUCCACAACCUCCCACAAUAUCUGAUGAGAAGCCACCAGAAAAUUUGGAACUUGGUGGAAUUAAAAUUCGUUCGAGAGGUCGAGGAACUAAAAAAUUCUUAAAAGCAUUUUCAAGUGAAGAUUCUGAUUAA